AUGAUCCGCCUGAGCCCCACCAUCCCGGUAAGGGCAGGCUUGGGGGGCAGAGCUGACCUUCCCUGUAACCUGACCUCGCCCCUGCCCCGUGACCCCGCCCACCUCGUCCUCUGGUACAGGUCCGGCACCCACAAGCCUCUGUACAGCUACGACGCGAGAGGCUCCAGGCCGUCACACUGGGUCAACCCUUCAGUGCUGGGCUCCCGCGCCUCCUUCCACCCCACCACGUCCACCCUUAUUAUCCAGCACGUGCGGUCCGACGACGAGGGGACUUACCGCUGCCGGGUCAUGUUCAAGAAGAGUCCAACGCUCACUUACACCACCAACCUCACCGUCAUAGUGCCCCCUCGCCGCCUCGCAGUCUACACGGAGCACGGAGUGGAGGCGCAGAGCAUUGUUGGACCAUUCACAGAAGGGGAGACGCUGCGUUUAAACUGCAGGGCCAUGGGAGGCUCGCCACCGCCAGCUGUCACCUGGUGGGAAGGCUCAACCCUUCUGGAUAUGACUUCGGAGGUGGAGACACCCGACUUGGUCACGAAUAGAUUGGUCGUCCCUGCACUGACCAGACGAGACCUGCAUAGGACUCUCACGUGCCACGCUGCUAAUUCUAACCUCACGGCGCCUCAGGUCACUACUGUCACCCUGGAUAUGAACUUCUCGCCACUCUGGGUCCGCCUCCUGAGCAGUCGUGACCCGCUGAGCGCCGGCCGGACGUACAAGGUGGUGUGCCAGGCGGCGGGUGCUCGGCCCCCCGCCACCAUCACCUGGCGUCUCGGCCCGGCAAGACUCAACACACACAGCGAUAAGGUCAGCCACGAAGGGAACGUAACCACCAGCGAGCUUCAGUUCACGCCGCAGGUCAGGGACGGAGAGAGAAUGCUGAGUUGCGAGGCCUUCUCCCCCUCCGUCACCACGCACCCUCUGGUCGAUGACUGGCUACUCGACGUACACUACGUCCCCGAGGCAACCCUGCACGUCGGCCGCUCCCUCAACCUGAGUAACAUCGAGGAGGGGGAUGACGUGUACUUCGAGUGUUCCAUCAAGGCCAACCCCUGGGUGUACAAGGUGGUCUGGAAACAUGAGGGCACGGAGCUACACCACAACAUCACGGCCGGCGUCAUCAUCAGCAACCAGAGCCUCGUGCUGCAGAGGGUGACACGCGCCUCCUCGGGGAACUACUACUGCGUCGGCUCCAACAUCGAGGGCGACGGCCAGUCCAAAGCCAUACACCUCAGGGUCAAGUACGCCCCGGUGUGUCGUGAGCCGCACAUGUCGUACCACGGCGCCGCCAGACACGAGAAGGUUAACAUUCCCUGCCACGUUGACGCUCACCCGCGGCCCUUCACCUACCGAUGGACCUUCAACAACAGCGGCGAGAGUGUUGAGAUUCCCCAGGACGACAUAAAGGUGGGCUCGUCCAGCUCCACCGUCAGCUACACGCCCACCUCGGAGCUGGACUACGGCACGCUGCUCUGCUGGGGCACCAACGUCGUGGGCCAGCAGCGGCGACCCUGCGUCUUCCACGUGUUCCCAGCAGGGCGCCCAGACCCGGUGCACAACUGUUCCUCCUUCAACCUGUCCGUGUCGGUGGUGCACGUGCGCUGCGUUGCUGGGUUCGACGGGGGGCUGCCGCAGACCUUUACCCUUGAGCUUCGGGAGCAACACACCGACACCCUCAUCGCAAACACUUCCAACGUGGUUCCCUUCCUCUCCGUGGACGAUCUUCCCCCCGGCCUCGCCUUCCGUGGUCGCGUCUACUCCGCCAACGCCAAGGGCCGUAGCGAGGUUCUACCCAUACAGGUGUACACGCUCAAGGACGUGGCUGAGAAGCGGACAGCCGCUGUCAAACCGUCCCCAACACAAGGCCAGUCCACGGCGGAGCUCAGUCUGACGCCCAUCAUAGCGGUCAUCUUGGGGGUCUUUGGUGGUCUACUAGUGGUCGUCCUCGUACUCUGUGCCGUGAUAAGGCUACGCUUCGGCCGGCGAACACAAGCGCAAUGCAGCAGACAGGUGGUGAGGGAGCAGGUGGGCGGGGAGGGAGAGACCAGCCCCCUCCGCCAUCCUAAAGGCCCCACUACUACCUUCCAUGAUACAGCUUCCCCUUCUCCCGUCACCCCCAGAGAUGGAGAUGAGAAGAACCCAGAUGUGAUCCCCCUUGGAGACCCAGAGACGUGGCUGAUGGAAGGAGUCAACCCCCUCAACACUCUCAACCCCAUCAACGCCGUCAACACCGUCACCACCAUCAGCAACACCUCCAUGCCCACCACCUACACCACCAUGCCCCAGAGAGCGUGUGGUGCCCGCGGGGACCUCCAGGCGGGGCAUGCCGAAGGGAAAAGGUCCCCGUGCAGCGCUGGGGACGUCCACUAUGCUGAACUGAUGUUGAGAGGUGGAGCAGCGAGUCCGCAGCUUCAGCGUCAUGACCAGCCCCGAGGAGGAGGUGGAGGAGGAGGAAGUGAAGAAGGAAGAGAGGGAGGUCGGGGGGGUGCAGGAGGACCGACUCUCUACGACUCUCCCGUUAAGUCACGCCACGAUCCUGAUGGAGUGAUUUACGCGUCCCUGGACCACGAGAGAGGACAAGGCUUCCGCCCCACCAGCCCUCGCCUCCACCACCCACGCCACCACCUCCACACGGCCUACACACAACCAGUCCUCAUCCCAAAUACGCCAACGCGCCCCUGCAUCCCCAGCACAGUGGGUAUGGGUCCUUCCAGAGCUAAGGAGCAGCAGUAUAACUCGUGGUCGUCGUCUUCAGCUUCAUUAGACCCGUGUGACGCGUUCUUUGGUGACCCUGAAGCCGCUAUUCCCUUCCUCUCUGGGCAGAAGGAGAGUUCGGUGUAGCGGGUACGUUCAUUCAGUGUAGCGAUUGUGUUGGUCCAGUGUAGCGGCUAUGUUGGUUCAAUGUAACGGCUGCAAUGUUUCAGUCCAGCGGUUCAGUGUUGCGGUUGCAUUGGCGCAACGCAACUGAAGCAAUGUAACCGCUACAAGUUAGUUCCAGAGGUGUCUUGCUACUCUUAAUGAUGAUAAUGAUGAUGAUAAUGAUGAAGGCGAUGACGAUGAUGACCAUAUUACUACUACUACUAUUAUUUCGGUGUACGUGUGUGUGUGUGUGUGUGUGUAUCAUUUGUCGUGUAAGUAUUAUAAUUAUGAUGACUAUUAUGGCUUCUAUUAUGAAGCUGCUGUCUGACUGAUGGUGGGGGCGAAAAUGGAGAUGAUGAUGGUGAUAUUUGAAUGUUGUGUGUGUGUGUGUGUGUGUGUGUGUGUGUGUGUGUGUGUGUGCAGUUGUUGUGUUUCCUCCACAGUGAGACACAAGGGCAUUCAUUCACUGAUUCAAAGCUUUCUAAUCAGGAACGUCUUAUCUAUAGCCAUCGGUACGCUCCUCAGAGGCGCCGAGUACAUGGUUAGAAUCCCGCGUCCCUCGCCCAAAAGUUCCCAUCAGAUCUCAACACGACAACAGAGGAGUAAGAUCUCAGCGGGAGUAAUGACAGCAAACACAAUUCCCGAAGAGCAAGAUCACGCACAUCACCUCGAAGCCUGAUUACGUCCAGGAGAGUUCAUCGAUUGGUUGUGAUUGGAGGAGGAAGAAUAAGGAUUAAUAAGGUUUGUAUCUCUGCCUCCUGAGCCAAUUAAAGAUAGAAAGCAAAACUAACGAACGGAAUGACACGAUAACACCCGCUAACAAUGCCAAAAAAUAAGAGGUUUAAUACUUACAAGAAACCUGUGACGCUUCUUCUUUACCUGUAUUCUCUAAGAAGGAAGAAAACGGGAAACAUGAGAAACAGAUAAAAUGGAUACAGGACCUGAAAAUGACGUGUAUAUUCGGGCGUUUUCUCAUUACGUCACGUGCAUAUGUAAGAUUUACCUUCUCGGCAGACUGAGUCUACCCGAGGAGUGGUGUAGGUGUCAGCCUUUCCUCUCGAGUGCUGACACUUCCUCGCAGCGAUAUUGCUCCUCCGUCAAGCUUGUCAGAGCGAAACUUGAGCUAAGUGACUAACACAGACUAGGCAAGCCAAGCCGAGGCGCGGGAGCCAUAUAUUGAGCUUGAGGAUGGGAAAUAUAUGACAAUGCGUUGUAUACAGUAUGACGGCGAGGGGGAUUUAUUGAAUAUUAGCCUUCCGGAAGAAAAUAUAGUGUUUCCCGGGAUCCGUUGGGCGGUGGUUCACGGCAAUAAUGGUAUAAAUUCACAAACCGGAUGACAUUAACGCCAGGCGCCUGCAUUAGGUUUUUGAAUCAAUUUCGCAAAAACAGUUAGUUAGUAAAUGUUUCAUAAGUAUUGAUGCGUUCAGAAAGGGGUAUUGAGAGAGAGAGAGAGAGAGAGAGAGAGAG